CCAAAUGCGGAAGUCCAGUACAUUUGUUUUUGCUUAGCAAGCUUGCCCGCCUAUUUCUACAAUUCAUCUUCUUAAACUCGGAUUUUAAACUUAACCACACUGCUAACCUUAUGCCCAACCUUAAAUUAAGACCAAAAAGCCUAUUUUUGUUUUCAUUAAUUUUUAAGAUAUAGCCUAUUUGUAAUUUGUGGCUUUGUUAUCUAGUGGGAACCUCUAGCUAGCUAGCUAGCUACCUAUAAUCUGGCUAAAGUUUUACGCAAUAUUGGAGGAAAAGAUUGAUUAUUGUACUUGAUUAUCCAAGUUUGACAAAUAUGCAUUGGGCAUCAAAAUGAUAUCCGAAUAGUUUUAAAACAUAUGGUUCAGAGGUUCAAGAGUUUUACUCCUGAGUUCAGGCUCACGAGUGGGAUUGUUGCUGUCAUUAGAGUAUCAUUUGUUUUGUUUACUGUCACUACAUAUUUCGGUUUAUCAGAGGAUGUCUUCAGUCUUGGAACGACAGUUUUUGGCAAUGGGCAUGUGCACAAGCUCAUCACAUACUCCUUCCACCACAAGACAGUGACCCAGCUACUCCUCAGUAUUGGGGUUCUGGUGCCCCUCUGUGGAGGCAUUGAGAAGAGUGUGGGGACUGUUCGGUUCCUCCUCAUGUUUCUGCUGCUCUCUAUCAGCACAGGGGUGUUGUACACCAUACUGGGUCUGCUACUGUUUGGUGCAUCUGCCCAGAAACAGGUGGAGGGGUUCAUUCCAGUGUCCCUCUCCCUUAUGGGUAUGGCCACAGUGCACUCCCGUAUGGUUAAGGGCUUUCUUUUCGGGGUCACUGUACCCAUGUUAGCCCUGCCCUGGCUGUUUCUGUUCAUCAUAACACUUUUGGUCCCACACACUGUCUUCCUUUGCAAUGCCAUCGCCAUCAUCGCAGGGGGGGAUCUGUAUCCUUACUCAUUUACAUUUACAUUUUAG